GAACACGUUGUCUCCAUAUAUAGUGGAGCAAUGAAAUAGAGUGGUGCUUUGUCUAAUAGCCUCUUGUUUUCCUCUCCACGUUUUCACUGAUGCAUCUUUAACCUGAUUUUUAUCGUGAAGUACAAGACAGAGUGAAAAAGAUGAGAGAACUCUUCACCAGUGGUUGUCUUCUCUUACUUUGCUGUAUUGAAGGGAUGAUUGGGGAAGACCAUAGGACUGAGACAAGACACGUGCCAAAUAGAGGUCGCUUGGUUUCAACGGAUGACGUUCUUUUCCAUGGUAGAGGACGCAAAAAUUGGGCAUUGGGCAAACGCACCCACCAGUCGUCGACAUUUAACCUCUUUUUUUACUCGAAACACGCCGUCGACGGAAGUCUGUCCAACGACGGCAUGACAUUUUUCUCCUGUAUGCACACAAAAUUUGAGAGACAUCCAUGGUGGAUAGUGGAUCUCCAAGUGACCAUCCGUGUGAAGGAAGUUUACAUCAUGAACCGAGGCGACUGCUGUGGUAAACGACUUAAACAUUUCCACAUUGACGUUCACAAAGGUAACUUUGCACGACUACGGUUAGUCGGCUUGUGUCAUUACCAAAGUGAACCCCUCAAGACUGGGAUUGCCAAGAAUUUCCGCUGCCCCUAUGACCUGAUAGGUCAGUUCGUCCGACUGUGGAUUGACAGCUACGAUGAAGCUCUAAACGUGUGUGAAGUCGAGGUGUACGGGUCGAUGUACAUACAUAGUAACGAUCCGAGUGACGGGUCAUGGGCGUUAAACAUGCCGGCCUGGCAAUCAACAUUGGAAAACGGCUAUAAAGCCGUCGACGGCAACUACAACAACAUGUGGGUUGGUGACUCGUGCUCACACACCCGCGGCGGCGACAAGAGGCCGUAUUGGCAAGUGGAUCUCUUGCAGAUGUUGAUCAUCACCAGCGUCAAACUGUACAAUCGUAAAGACUGCUGUGGUGACCGACUCCACGACUUCCGGAUUGACGUGUAUGCACGCACAAACAACAAAGACCCCCACAAAUGCAACGAGCAGAAAGGGUCUCCAAUGGGGCUCUCUCGGAAAUAUAAAUGUUUCCAGGACCUUCUAGGACGCAUCGUUCGCGUCACAAAAACGAAAAUCCUCGGAAAACAUGACGUGUUGACGUUAUGUGAAGUCGAGGUGUUCGGCUGGAAACUGGUUUCAGAUCCCGAAUACCUGAAGAGUCGGGACAAUUUUGCUAUAGGCCAACGGGUGUGGCAGUCCGCGGGCACGGUCAGCGCGAAAAAAGCCGUGGACGGCAAUCUGCAUAACAACGAUGCCGGCGGUACGUGUUCCCUGGCGGAGAGCAAUAGCGGAGGUAGUACCUGGUGGAAGGUGAUGGUCGGCACGAUGUACGUGGAAGCCAUCUUGCUCGUCUUCCGAGUUGACUGCUGUGAAAAUCAAGCUCCCACUCUGCAAGUGUGGGUGGACAGGAAGGUGUUGUGUGGCAGACAGCGGGAGUGGUAUAAGAAAGGCGCGGCGGUCGGUUAUCCCUGCCCUCCCAACACGCUGGGGCACUAUGUCCUCAUCAUGAAAGGUCCGGGAACCUUUCCCCAUGACUUCCUCGCGUUGUGUGAAGUAGAGGUGUAUGGAAAUAAAGAAGAUAAAAACUGGGCACUGGGCGCGAAAGCGAGCGUAUUGUAUUUAACCGCGGGUGGCAAGCAGGUCGGACAGCCGCACGACGCCCCCCAGGCUACGGACGGGGACUUCUCGAACAGUUAUUCGGAGAACGUGUGUCCCGUACAUACCGGGUAUUAUUUCUUCACGCUCGUCGUCGACCUCGACGCAAGCCUGUAUGUGGACAGAGUCGUGUACCAAACCGCAGUAGGACACACGUUUACUAUGCGCAAGGUGAAUGUUUGGUUAGUUAACACGCUGUUGAAAUUCACCAACAAACACGCAUGUAACCGCGUCCCUGGAACUACUGGUGCCGGCCAAUAUGUGACGGUCAAGUGCAAGGGCUAUAGACUGGACCUCCUCGCCAGUCGAGUUAUGUUGAAAAAUACUUUAAGAGGGCAGCCGAUGUUAAUCUGCGAAGUAGAAGUCUACGGAAAAUUCGCCUAUUUUGUAUAACGCCUUUCUUGUGAAGAUGUAGAAAUAUAAUAUCGAAUAUUUAAGAAAGAAUAAAGUUCUAAAAAACUUU